UAUUUUCAUUUGUGCCGUCUUCGAUAACACGACAAUUUCACUAACUUACUGCAUGAUCAUUAAACUAUUUUUACUGAUUAUCGACUAUCCGCUUUGUUUAUUGUAACAGAAAUGAAUAGUUUCGGUGUGGGGUUAUAUUUUCUGACGAUGCUGUGGUGUUUAACGUUAAUGUUGUGUUGGGUUUCGGUUCGUACGGGGCAUAUUAUCGGUAAAAUUGCCGUAGUGGUAACUUCAUUCGUUACAUUGGUUUUGGUAUUAUUGCCAAAAGGCGAGUCGUAUAGUUCGAGCAGUGCCAAUUUUUACGACAAGCUGUACGUACCGCGGUUUUUGAUACUCGUGUUUCUGGCUGUAUGUGCGAUAGUCGGGGGUCUAUUCGCAUUAGUUCACGUUUGCCUUACACCCGUACAGACGCGUAAAGUCAGAAGUUUCUAAUGUUUCAUUUUGCCAAUAUGUCUAAUGCAAUAUGUCAGAGUCUGCGGUCACCAAUAAAGCGCUUGGCCAAUCUCCGCCGAGCCUACCCCAUAUCUACGUCCCUUGUACACAAUGAGACUAUACUAGUUAAAAAUAACGACGAAUUCGUCAAUAAGGUUAUGAACAGCGACAAGCCAGUGAUAGUGAACUUCCACGCGGACUGGUGCGAACCCUGCAAAAUCCUGACUCCGAAGCUGAAAGAGCUGAUCGAGCCGCUGAACAACCUAGACCUGGCUGUCGUUGAUGUAGAGGAUAAUGCUGACCUGGUGCACACGUUCGAGGUGAAAGCAGUACCCGCAGUAAUAGCAAUAAAGAACGGCAUCAUAGUGGACAAGUUCAUCGGGUUGGUCGACGCGGACAUGAUCACAGGACUCAUAGACAGAAUGGCCGGUAAGAAAAAGGAGAGCGCGUAGACACCACAGAUUAUUUCUAAGUAGAGAUGUCAGCCUGUGAUGCUCAAAGAAGGAUUGUUAGCUUUAUAGACUCCUUGUUUAAGGAGCGGGUAUGGAUAUUAUUAGAAACUUUUUUUAACGAUUUAAUCAUAUGUUUAAUCCGUGGGUGCGUUCACAAACACAUAUUUACAUACACAUCACACACAUAAUCGAAACAACAAUUUAUGAAUCACAUAAAGAAUUGUUUUGUGCGAAAAAUUUGCAACACGUUACGCAGCUGCUAGUCGCCCAGCAACUGUACCAACUAUGCAAAUAAACUUGAUCAAAAUGUGAUAAAAACUAUCAUAUUGUUUUUCAUUAAGCCUUUUUCUAAGUAUAACUAGGCUUUGUGUGCACUUGUACAGCUGCCACUGAAUUCUUACUUGAAUAAGUCACAUGUAUUUCUUAAUGGAGCAACUGCUACCAGCCUUCCAGUUUUUUGAUAAAAGGGUCAAACUGUUAAUUUAAUAUUUUGACCAGACUGACUAUUUUAUCUUUGUCUCACUCUUACAUCAUGAUAAUAUGAUAUUUAGUGCAAGUUUAAUUUUGUUAUUUUGUAAUUAAGGUAUAAAAAAAAAGUUUGGAAUAUUGACAAUUUUAUUUUUAAAUUCAAAAGUAACUUGUCUAUUUUAUUCGGUUUUUGGAACGGAAAAAUGUUAUUAAAACACGCGCUGACGUCUCAAUUUGUAAAUAAUAUAAAAUUAAUAUCUUUUGUAGUCAACAUUAAUAAGACAAUUUUAUUUUUUAUUAUUUUAUUCUGUUUUAUCUAUACAGUCAGCAUCAAAAGUUUGAAGGAAGAACUUGCCAAAUUUUGUGACAAUUCUAUAUAUAAAAAAAUAAAAUUAUAACAAUAUAAUACAUAUAUAUGUAUUCUAAAUUAGUAGAUAUUGUUAUAGGACAAUAAAUUCUCGAAGCUGUGAUACUUUUAUCUAAAAUUAUAAUUGUAACACUUAUGAUGCUAACUGUAUUAUUUGUUUUUCAAUAGUCUGAAAUUAUAUUUCGUUUUGUUUGUUUUCUAUGAUAUAGGGGGAAAGUACCAUAACGCCGGAUGGCACCACCUAUUACCGGACACUUGUAUUAUCUCGAUAACUAAUAACGCGAGCGAUUCAAUUUUUAGGGGGAAGUCUCCCAGUAGCAGUCA